CAGAAUCUAGCAUCGGUUUAUUACAUUAAAUUAUUUUUAAUGUACAUUUCAAUGUUUGUUUAAUGUUUUAACGUAUUUGUCUUCUUAAUUUUAUCGAUAUAUUUAAAACGUAUUUUGUAUACUAUAAUAAAACCCACUUAUAAAAUGACGGUGGACGGUGAUGAUAAACCCCAAAGGGACCGUGUGUUUAUGGAUAUUUCGAUUGGUGACUUGCCGUCCGGUCGAAUAAUAUUUGAGUUAUUCAACGAUGUAGCGCCUAAAACUGCUGAGAAUUUUCGUGCACUAUGUGCUGGUGAUAUGGGCAUUGGAAAAGUUACUGGAAAACCUUUAACUUAUAAGGGUAUGGUCUUCCAUCGAGUGGUGAAAGACUUCAUGAUACAAGGUGGUGACUUUACUAAUGCCAAUGGAACUGGUGGUGAAUCAAUUUAUGGAGGAACAUUUGAAGAUGAAACAUUUGAGCUUCAACAUGAUAGACCAUAUUUGCUGUCCAUGGCUAACAGGGGCAAGGACACAAAUGGUUCACAGUUCUUUAUAACAACACAGCCGGCGCCCCAUCUCGACAAUGUGCACGUAGUGUUCGGGCACGUGGCGGGAGGAGCGGCGCUGGUGCGCCAGCUGGAGGCGCUGCCGGUGGACCGCAACGCGCGCCCUCUGCAGGACGUCGUCGUCGCCAACUGCGGGCAGCUCGUCAGGAUCAAGCCCGGCAAGAAGCGUAAGCAAGAAAAGGAAAAAGAGAAGGAGAGUGGAGAUGAAUCGGACCAGUCCCAAAAGAAGGAUAGGAAGAAGAAGAAAGAUAAGAAAAAGAAACGCCAUGCAGACCGUUCAGCAGAUGAAGAGGUCCCUGAAGCACCAUCUCAUCCUCUGGUGACAACUUCUAAGAUAGAUCCGAGGGAGAUACCUGAAGUACCAACAAACAGGUUUCUCAUGAGAGGGGGUCGUGACCAAGACAGGGACAAUAGGAAUGACGCCAGGAGGGACAGAGAAAGGAUGCGCUAUCGUGAAAGGGAACGUCACUCGUACACCCGAAGCGGAAGAAUCAUAAAAGGUCGUGGAGUAUUUCGCUACCGCACGCCGUCCCGCUCGCGCUCGCGCUCGGCCACGCCCCCGCACUGGCGACAGGCGCAGCGACGCAUCGUCAAGCUGCAGCACGUCGAGCAGAUGGAACGCAGGUACAUAGAGCACGAGAGGCCAAAGAGCAAGGUGACGGUGCAGCAUCACAGCAAAGAGGGAGAAGAGGGUACACCAGAAAGACCGCGGGAGAAGGAGGAGGGAGAAUGUGAUUCUACUUUGGAUCAAUCUCGUCACGAGAAGAUUGAUUACAACGCAUUGGACUUUGAAGAGGAUAUAGAACAUGACGAUCGCGCGGUGGGCUCGGAGCGCGCCGAGCUGCUGGCGCGGGCUCUCGGAGUCAACCCCAAGCGGCGCGACGAGUGGCGCGGGGGCGCCAGCCCGCCGGCAGAGGCGCGCGCGGCGCGGCGCGGCCCGCAGUCGGCCGUGGCCGCCGUGAGCGCCGUGAGCGCCGUGAGCGCUGCGGGCGCUGCGGGCGCUGCGAGCGCUGCGGGCGCUGCGAGCGCUGCGGGCGCUGCGAGCGCUGCGGGCGCGCCGGCCGGCUACGACCCCUUCAGCCUGCUGCGGAGCACGUUCACCAAGAACAAGGCCGCCAGGAAAGAGGACCGUCCAGAAAGAUACGAUAAGCACAGAGAAGAGAAACAGCUACGUGAUAAGCACAGAAACGAGAGGGAACAAAAGUACUCGGGGCAUGAUGAAAAGACCAAGAACUUGAACAAAUUACAACACAAGGAAGGCAAACGUCAAGCAGACGAUGAAAGAAAAUCGAGCGAAAGGGAACGUAGAGAUCGCAGCGUGACGAAAGAUAAUCAAAGAGACACGCCUUUGGAAAGACAAAAGUCAUACCGAGACCGUGACGAUAAGCGCGACAGGUCCAGAGAGAGAUACUGGUCGAAGGAGAGGGGCGAUGAGAGGGAGAAGAACGAUAGGAGGGACAGGUCGAGGGAGAAAGAUAGGAACAGAGAUGAUAAGAAGAGGAUUGAUAAGGACAAGAAAACUAACUCGACUACCGUUAAGGAAACAUCUAAAUCACCAACUCCUGAACGCAAACCAUCGUCUGAUAACAAGUCAGCGGACGACGAAAAGAAAAAGGAGGAAGAGAGGAACGAGGCUCGCAAGGAGCUGAUGAAGAUAGUCCGUCUCAUCAAGUCGAGGCAACGUGAGCGGGAGAGUAAAGCUUCAGAGACUAAGAAGAAGCGUCGGUCGUCGAGCUCGUCGUCGGACUCGGACGACGGAGACAAGCGGCGCCGCAGUCGGAGCAGGGGCGCCCGCAGCGCGCGCGUGCGGCGCGGCCGGCGCUCCGGCUCCGACUGAAGGGUCGCCGCUCGCCAGCACAUUCAAGUUUCAACUAUACUCACAUUUUAAACCAAUUCAGCCAGUUACAAUAGUCGUCUAUACAUUAGAAAAAAUAUUUUCUUUUUUUUAAAACAUAUUAAUACUUUUAAUUUCUUAUAAUAAAUAAUAUUGUUCCCUAUAAAGUUGCUCGUAAUAUUAAUAUAUUACGUGCGUCUGUUCAUUUGUAAAAAUUGGUUUGAUAUUGGCUUCUUGUACACAAUGAUAUAGUGUGUGUACCUUUACAUUGACUAGUAUUUUUUUAUUCGUAAUAACACAGAUAAUUAUUAAUAUUGAACCUUUUGACUGCAACCCAUAGGAAAAUAGACAGAUAAUUUUUAACAUAAAACAAUUAAUCAUUAUUCAAAUUAAAUUGACUUCACAUUCAUACGAUCAAGUAAUUUUUGUUAUAUUUUGGUAGAAAAAAAUGAUUCGAAUUGUAAAUUUUAUAAUGUAUAUAAAUGACAAUUGUACUAAAAUUUGGAUUCUGAGCGAAAGAUUUUUUCUUAAUUAAUGGAUUGAAAAUGGGUUUUUGUUUUCUUUAAUGUGUUAUUAUCAAACUUUUGAUAAUAAUUAAAAUAUGACAUAGUUUUAAAUAUGUAAGGACCUUCAGUGAAUUCGAUUUCUCGUUCAUUUUAGUUUUAAUAUGUAUAAUGUAAGAUACCUUUGCGUUUUAAGGUAAUGUAACCGUAUUAUUAGACUUUGAUUAUGUUGAAAUUUUAUUUUACUCAAUAAACAUUAACGGCCUUACUAAUAAACGUGUAGCGGGUGAAUAGUUACUAUAAUAACUCUUUCUUGCUGGCAUUAGUCGUAUGACAUUAGAAAAAAGCAAGCAUUAGGUAUAUAUGUAACUACACAACCGAUAAACAACGUAUGUUAGUGAGGAGGCAAUUUCAACAGGC